AUGCGCAUCCUGUACCGAUCUUUACUUUCAUUAAACCUUGCACAUGUCGAGAAAUCCCGCAAUUUUUUGUAUACCCAUCUCCGCUGGUCUGUUCCAUAUCAACUCAUUGUCAUUCUUCUGUGGCCCACCACCUCCAUCAGUGCACCAGUAGAGCCAGUUGUGGCUUCCGCCACCGCAGAGACUCCCGACCAAGAUGAACUCGAGCUGACGUUCCCUACGUUGCCACCCAGGCGUGCGAAGAAAACGGAUCAUUACAACAUAUCAGGGCAGGACCGCUCUCGAGGCAGCGCCGGGGAUAAGACGAUGGACACUCGAGCCAAGAAUGCAACCCAUACCGAGGUCCAUACCAGUGGUACCUCUAAAAAGUCUACAUCUGUCGACAACGACGCUCCUAUGUUGAACGCCGGACAGACCAAGCGCGUGAAAUACAGCACAGCCACAGGUACAGGCGCAGCGGAAGAGGCCGCGCCACCACGGGGAAGUACGGACAAGGUACAUGCGUCGCCAACAUUUACAAUCAAGGAUCAUGUCCCACAGGAGCCUGCAACGGACGGUACGGUCGACCUGGUCUUCGAGGCGCUGCCCCCGAGGCGUGCGAAAAAGCAAGCCGAGUCCAACUUACAUCAAGUGCUUCAUUCCCACUUUGAACCGGUCAAUAAGAAGAAAACCAUAGGCGCAAAAACAGCCCACAAGGGCUGUUUUAAAAAAACUAAAUCGACGGCGAAGCGGAUGAUCGAGCAACCAGACACAGUCUCUGAGAUUGUGCACGCCAGAAAGAAACCCGCAACUACAACCGCAACCUAUGAUAAAUACCUGCACGAAACGGGCGAGAUGACUUCGCAGCAGGCAAAGGAGCCAAUUGCGCCUUCAACGACAGCCACUGCAGAAGCUGAAGAGCCUGUAUUCCAGUCACUUGCAUCGACAGGAAAAACUGGGAUACCUGCCACACAGACCCCGGAGGAGUUGCAGGAAAUCCUGGAAUGGACCUUAUUGGAAAACAGGCCGAGGCGUAAGCGACAUGCGCCUGCUUUCUUUUCAAAGACCCCGAAACAGAAUACAAGCGGACAGGAAAUUAAAUUACCAGCUCACAUCAACAGGCAUACAGCGAAGAAAGCAGCGGCUCCGUCCAAGAAGGCUUCACCUCCAGUCAAGAAUAACAGUCCACCGAAGCAGCUCACACUCUCGGAGCCUGCUGAAGGUGCCAACAGGGCGAUGAAUGAGAAUCGACAUGGUACUGUUCAAAACUCCAUAGCCAUACCCGCUUCACUUCCAGAGAUUCCCGAGAAAUCGUUUACCUCGCUGAAGAACACAUUUGGGCAAACGCGUGCCAGUGCUGAUAUUUCGACAAAGGAUAUCUGCGACCUGACUCUGGAUGAGGUGGCAGAGAAUGCCGCAGCAUCUCUCCUGAAUCAUCCCGAGGAGAUCAGUCAGUGGACGCUACUGGGAGACAGGCCGAAACGGAACAGGAGUGCCCCAAAGUCCUAUACAGCUGAUCGUACAGGGCACGGCAAAAAGAAGACGGAAUCGGUUGCAACCGGCCCAUCGAAAAAGAGUGACAAGCCAAAAUUAGGUCGCUUGUCGGUUAAAGCUCAACAGCCGAAAGCAAAGGUGGAUUCAUCGGCCAAUCGUUCCGACAUCGCCGCCGCAAUCGCACUCAAGAUGGGUGUGCGUUACAGUGGCCUGUCGUUGGACACUGUGAAAUCAGCCGAGGCCGAUUCGAGGUCAGGCAAAUCAACUGUAUCUGUAUCAAAACGGAAAUCCGCCAAGACUUCAAGUGUAUCGAAAAAUAAGAAGGACGUACAAUCCAGCACUGGGAUCCAGGCUAGGGCCGCGUCGGGGUUGUUACCUAAAAAGCCCAACGUCACGAACUCGGCUGUUAAAACGUCCGUAAACCCCAAGCCUGCGAACGCUGCUGUUGCUAGGCUUGUAGCUGAGUCUGGGAAGGUAGCGAGAUCUAAAAUAACCAACGGCGGGAAAGCAGCCGGUGAUAAGAUAAAGAAUACAUCGGCUGUGGGUGCUGAGGAUUCAGCUAAGAAGAGUGGUAUUCAGGCAUUACCUUUGGCCUUGCGCAACAACGACUUGCUUCAAGGCGAAUGGUACAAAGGACACAAGGCCUUUCAUGCAGCGAAACUUAUGUUUCCCUACUUGCCGGUACUAGAAGUUUGCACAACACCUAGCGGACAAGGGUUCUCGAGUGCCCCGCCCGUAACUCAUGGCGAGAUUAUGUCACCAGCGCCUGGGUCCAUAUUCAUCCGCUGCUGUUGUUGCGCGGAGGUUUUUGGACGAACUACUUUCAUGAUACACGCCGGGAAACUGCAGAACCGAGUUAAUCUCAUCAAGAUCGUGGCAUAUGACAUGGGAAUUGGUGACGCGUUUGGACAUCGACUUAUGAAUGCUAAGAGCUUUCUCGAGGAGCAUGGUGUCAUCAUCGGCACAAAGCGCCCUUCUAUCUCUAGUAUGUGGAAAGUGGGCAACUGCGGCGUCCCUGUGGCACACCUUACUGUAAAUGAAGCUAGAGAUAUGCUCUAUGGCUACAUAAAUCCGACUGUGCCAGAUGCGCGCUUUCACGACAAGCGCGUCGUGAAUAAGCCGAAGCAGCCAGAGCGAUCGAAGCCAUCGCAGCAUUCCAAAGCAAUUCCAAGCAAAGUGGCACUUCAAAUACAGAAGAAUAAGUUUAAUCAAGGAAAGCGACCCAACAACUCUAUGAAACGAAUCACAUGUACGGCUCCUCAGCCGCCGAGCUCGAAAACUUCGCAGCAAUCGAAGCAGGCACGAAAAUCUUCGACCUGCACGGCGCGACUAGUGGUGAAGAAACACACAGCGGAAACCACGCGAGAUAAACGGGGGGAUCGGGUGCAAGUGCAGAUGCCUGAGAAGCAUGAUGUGCCCCAGCGCGUGGUUUGGAACACACUCCCUGUGCCGUUCCUGUGGGGUAAUGCGAUCCAGCAAGGCUACGAGUUCACUGGAAACCGAAAGUCGAGAAUGAAGGUGUGGAAGAAGGAAGCCGAGGACAAGGUGCUGGUUCACCACAACCCUCUGCAUCAAUACGUUGUAAUGGCAUUGGCAGAUGGGCAUGGAGGAGCGAAAGCUGCACGAUUCUUCACCUCUAAGAUUCUGCCGCUGGUGGAGCAAGUUCUAGAGAGAGGAAUCACCGAUGGACACUUGUGGGAUUUUGAGGAUGAGGUUCAUAGGCGGCGAUUCAAACUGUUGAUUACUGAGAUCUACAAGACCUUGGACCGGGAGUAUGUGGCUCAGCAGAAAGAAAAGUUCUCACUUUGGACGAAGUACAAAGGCAAUGAGCAAGCAUAUUUAACGAAUAGUGCGGAAAUGGAAGCGACAAGCAUCGUCAGCGAGCAAACACGUGGCGUAAACGAAUUAAAUCUACAAGCGCCCGCUGCCCAAACCAACGACUCUGGCAAGCAAGAAUCUCCGUCUAGUGCACCAUUGGCAGAUUCACAGAGCCAAUCAUGCCACUCAGAAGCACCAGCAGCCCAAACAGCGGCCCUCGACUGCAAUAUCGGCAACCCUUUAUCACACGCAAACGGAGAAGCACAAGCGCCAGUGCCCCAAGCAAACGAGCAUGGCGAGCGAACGCCUGUGUUAAGCACAUUCCUGGCGGAGUCACAGAUCAACUCCCGCGAAUCGCAACCAUCAGCAUCCCGAACUUCAGACACCGACUGCAUCAUCAGUGAACAAGCACCUCAUCUCAAUGGAUUGGAUGCAUAUGCUCCAGUGUCCCAAUCAAGUCCUGGAGAGCAAGUGCCUCGCCAAAGUACGCUAUUGGCGGAGUCGCAGAUCCAAUCAUGCGAUUCGAGAGCACCUGCAUCCCCAUCAAGAAGUGUUAACUGUGCCGACAGCGAGCAGAAACCUCACACAUUAGUUGGUAUACCCGCGCAAUUGCCCCGUUCGAGUGAUCCUGGAGGGCAAAUAUCUCGGCCAAGCAACUUAUUGGUGGACUCGCAGAUUCAAUUGUGCCAUUCUGAGGCACCGGCAUCCCAAUCAAUAGAUAUUGAUGCGGGACCACUGUCUGGACGGUUGAGUCCGUCGAGUAUUACAGCGGCACAGGUGCAACAGAGUCGCAGCGAAAGGCAAGGGUCACCUGCAGCUGUGAUCGGCUGCACAACAACUGACCUCGAACAGGAGAAAUUGAAUCCAAUUGACUCCAACGAGAAGGCUACCUCUCAAAACGAUACCAGGUCGUUAGACCCCUCAACAGAAGAGCAAGAGGCCCAAAGUCGAUCAUCAAUGGACAUGGACAUGGACAGCCAUGCAGCCGCCUUAGGAGGACUCGAUACGCCAGCGACCUAUUCAAGUUGGGCCGAAGCCCAGGCAAGGCCUGCGUCUAAUUUCGGAGAGAGUAUGCCCAGUGGUGUUGAUACUAGAAACCGUGUCGCAGACCAAGCACACAGACUGGAUAUAUCUACUGGACAAGAAAUGUCGGCAUGUGAUGCAGAUGGGCAAGAAUUUCACUCCACACGUUGUGGAAACGAACAAAUUCCAGUAGGUGUUCUUGGAGGUAAGUCAGUUCAAUACAAUGUUCUUAAUGGUGGUGUGAUGGAACCCGGUGCCGCCGCCGAGACAGCACCCCAGUUGAAUGGCACUACAGGGCAAGCAUCAUCUAUAGCACAGGUCACGACACGAGUAUCGCCAACUAGUGGUCUCGACGGUGUUACCAGCCCCAACUUCAAGAACACUGACGCUCAUGUGAACAGCGGGAAUGUCCUUGAACCGCACUCGUCCCAUACCUCCGAGCACAUGGUCCAGUCCCCCUCAGAGCUUAGUCUGGAGACAUUAUCUCUAAAUGCUGAUCGUAACACAAUGUACACGAGUAGUGAGCAUCAGCAAACAUCCCAACCUAUAGAACCCGAAGUUGUUGAAUUUAAACACCCCAGUUUAGGAGGGCAGGUACUUCCCGAAAAUGGUACAAAGAGCCAGGCGAUUGACUUGACAAACUCUGGAAAACAAUUGCCUGAAGCGAUUGGCCACGACAGGCAACUGUGCCUAUCAAAUGGCAUUACGAGUGCCCCGGUACAUGAACAAGCAACUGGACUGAGUGAACUUCAUAGGCCAUCACAUCAAUCGGUGCACCAAGAAGCGCCUCAAUUGCCAGCGUACGGACCGAAUCAGCUCGAAGUUUCACAAUCCGAUCGUCUCGAAGGGCAUAUAGGCCAGAGCUUUGAUGGACUCAACGAAGAUUUAAAAGUCUCUCAAAGUGCGCGAUUAGAAGUGCAAAUCCCACCAUCCGGAGACCUUAAUGAAGGAUCACCUCUAUCUGAAGGACUCGAAGCAUCCCAAAGUAGUCGCCUUCCGCCAGCUACGUCGAGUGAUCUCCAAGCGCAAUCCAAACCGCAAGCACCCACACUUGAUGAGGCGCAGUGGGUCUCUGAGUAUUUGCAGCGAUGCAAGCAGAUCGAGGUGAAGGAUGUACAAGUGUUGGUACAUAUGAACGAUGAUGCCGACAAAGCCACUCCAAUUCCUUAUAAAGCGAGUGCCGAAGCGGAUGCUCGCGAUGGCGUCGAGGAUGAAGCUGAUACUGGGAUCCCAAAGAGUUGCCCCCAUGACGAUGGAUGUACUCUAGCGGUAAAUGUGAUAUACCGUGGAUAUAUCGUCAAUUGUAAUGUAGGGGAUUCGCGGUCGAUCGUAAUCUCAAGGCCGUUGGAGCAAUUCAAAUGGAGCACUGUGUUCGCGUCGGAUGAUCAAGACCUUAGCAGGGGCGAUAUUUUAACUCCCAUCAUUCAGGCUGGCGGUAUACUUGUUGAUGAUAUUACUGGACGUGAGAAACCUAUCAAGCCUGGUCAAUUAAUCUACUAUGGUACCGGGGGCUGCAGAGUGAAACCAAGAACCGGCCUGUGUGAUAAUGACAUCGGCGUGCCAACAAGACGUGGGCUCAAUCUAGGUGGCACGAUGGGAGAUCUGCUGUUCAAACUGGACAGCGAGAAACCUAUUAUGCGCUCCAUACCGGACGUGUCUUUCGUGAAAAUUGCUGACCCGGAGGAGGAGAAGACUGUCUUGCUGAUGAUGUCUGACGGGCUUGUGAACUUCCUGCCAGGGUCCCGGAUUAAACGGGUUGAGCAGAAUGAUUUUAUUCGAGACCAGCUGGGGUAUAAAAUAGACAUCGGAAUGCCGCUGCAGAAGAUCUGCCAGCAACUUACCGAUCGCGAGGAAUUGGAUCGGUCUGAAUUCGAUGACUGUGCAGUGUUUGCUCUUAGCAUAGAACGAUGGGACACUCCCGAUGAGUCGGGCAAUGAGAUGGUGGUUGAAGAUUGAAAACGGCAGGGUAGUGGGUUUAAGGUGGAGUCAAGUGCUGGCCCCUCUGAUUUUCCCGGAAGGUCUUUGUGUAUGGAAUCUGGGAUAGACUGACAAAGUAUAGAGUACUAAAACGACUCGAAUAACUAAUACGAAGGUAGCUUUCAUGCACAUUUCAGUCCAUGACUUGAUGAGUGAGAUUCUUUUUCCUAAAGAAUGUUUUUGACUGCGGGUUGUCUGAACUAUACUGUCUGCAGGACUACGGAUAUGUACACAAUGGUAUGACUGACGAUGGAUGGAGGCCGUUUGCAUGUGAUGUUCUUUCGUUGCGAAGUGUAGGAUGAAACGCUACAUCGACCCCAGUCGUGGUUCACUAGAAAUGCACCUGAGUAUCUAUGUAGACAAUAGUAAUAACAGGC